ACGCGGUCGGCUGCCUUCUGCGCAAGCGCGGUAUGCGGGGACUCGCUGAGGCGGGCCUGCAGGCCAGCGGGCGCCCCGGGGCCCCGCCGAAGGAGCGGAAGGCUGCGGCCCGCUCGCUCCGCUUACGGUGCCGUCUGACCCGGGACCGCGCCCUCACCGAUAAAAAUGGCCUCUCGGCGGAUCACACGGGAGACGUUUGAUGCUGUAGUGCAGGACAAAGUUAAAAGGUAUCGCAUGGACCGGGGUGAUGCUCUAGAGGACACAAUCCAUCAUUUCAAAGCUCAUUCAAGGCCAGUCCCAAGACCACGAUAUGAAGACAGUUUUCAUGAUGAUGGAAGAUAUUCUCAUGACAAUGCCCAGCACCAUCCACAUGAUGACUGGAGUGAAGACCCUAGAGAUGACUAUCCAGGACCUUCUUACAGAUCUACUAGUCCUCUCAUAAGGAAAGAUAACUAUUACCAUGAACAGUAUGGCCGCCCGGCGUCUUGUGACCGGGAAUUUGGCCGCCCGGCAUCUCGUGACAGGGAGUAUGGGCAUCCAGCUUCGCAUGACAGGGAGUACGGGCGUCCAGCGUCGCAUGAUCGGGAGUAUGGGCGUCCGGCGUCUCGCGAUCGGGAGUACGGACGCCCGACAUCCCAUGACCGGGAGUAUGGGGGCCUGGCUUCUCAUGACCAGGACUAUGGCCCUCCUGAUGCUUGGGAAUCCACCGGACCACACGAAACUGACUUCAGUUCUUCGGAUAUUUUAGGUGAUUUUAGAUCACCAGGACUCAUGGAAGAUGAGUAUGGCAACAUGGAGAAUCAGGAGUAUGACGUAGACUUUGGAAUUCAAUCUGACAGCGAGUUCCGACCCCCGAUACGGAGGGGCAACAUUGGCAGGGGAAGACCUCUGCGAGGGAAGCGUAUUACAAGGGGCGCUGUUAAAACUAAAGUAUUCAAAGGAGAUAUCAAAACUCCCCUGAAGAAAUGGAACACUAAAAAACUGCCACUGGGCCCUGAUCAGAAGCCAGCUAUGCAACCUGAUCAAAUGCCGGACGCUGCUGAACGCCCUAACCAGCGGCCGGUGGCCAUCCAGCGCCCUAAUCAGAAGCUGCCCCCACGACCUACUCAGAGGCCGACUAUAACAACCCAGAGACCUAUUCUCAGGCUCCCAAAGCCUGCGCAUGUUUUCAGAAAUCUCAAUUUUGACCUUGUGGACAAAUCGGACAUUUUUUCAACGUUUGGAAUAGAAAUUAUAAAAUGGGCUGGGUUUCAUGCAAUAAAAAACGACGCAGAGUUUUCCCGGCUCUUUGGAGCUCUCUUUGAGCUAGAGACAGAAACCUGUGCAAAAAUGCUAGCUUCGUUCAAAUGCUCCUUGAAGCCAGAACACAGAGAUUAUUGUUUCUUUACUAUCAAGAGUUUACAACAUGCUGCUCUGAAAACUCCCAAAGUGGACAAUGAGUUUUUAAAUAUGCUAUUGGACAAGGGUGCUGUGAAAACAAAGAACUGCUUCUUUGAAAUAAUAAAACCUUUUGAUAAAUACAUAAUGAGGCUACAAGACCGGCUCCUAAAAGGUGUUACGCCGCUGCUUAUGGCCUGCAAUGCUUACGAGUUAAGCAUUAAGACGAGCGGUUUUGGUAAUCCAAGAGAAAUGGCAAGUGCAUUCGAGACCACUGUUUCUCUGUGUCGUAAGUCUUUAGCACUUCUGGGUCAGACCUUCGCGCUAGCCUCUGUUUUUAGGCAAGAGAAAAUACUUGAAGCCGUGGGGCUCCAGGAGAUGGCUCCGGCACCAACACUAUUCCCAAACUUCGAUGAUUCAACGUUGUUUGGAAGAGAGUACAUUGAAAACUUGAAGGCUUGGUUGGAGAAGAGCGGGUAUCCGAUUCAGAUGAAAAAAGCUGAACCAGAGUCCACAGUACAGCUUAAAAAACCCUCCCCUGACACAAAAGUUAAAACCCCACAGCGAGCUGAUCGGAAAGUUGUAGAGACAAUUGAACAGCUGGUGAAUAGCAUUGUUUCAGGAACAUUGUCUGCCAAAGAGAGAAACGCUCAAAAGAACUGUCCUGAAUAUUGGUUCUUGUCUGAUGAAGAUAGUCUAGAAUACAAGUAUUACAGACUGAAGUUAUCGGAGAUGCAAAGGCGGACAUCAUCGGGAAAGGAAGAGGGUGGUGAGGGCAGAACGCUAGAAGAAUCUGCGACAGAAUCAGUCAGGGCCAUGUUGUAUGCCAGGAAAGUCGCAAGUAUUAAGAGAAGGCUGUUUAAAAGAAAAAGGCUUGGGAUUAUCACACAACAUGGUAUUCGAGGAAGGAAGGUGAGGAGAGCAACCAUAGGGACCCAGACCGUGCUUUCGGCUGGUACGGUGCUGAAGCACCAAGACAAGCAUCUUCAAGGUUCAGUCCAGACAAAGCCUUCUGUAGCGGAACCCAGCCUGUCUGAGAAGAGUUCUUCCCUCGAUGCAACCUCAUCGUCACAGUGUGCCACCAGUUCGGAGGUCCCUCUGCCAGCAGAAGAAAGGGCGGAUUCUGAGGAUUUACUAGCACCGCCUGAACUCUUCCCACCAUUGUCCUCGCAGUUUCCUGACGUGGAUGCUAAAACAAUGGAAACUGCAGAGAAACUUGCCAAGUUUGUCGCUCAGGUAGGACCAGAAAUUGAGCAGUUCAGCAUAGACAACAGUGCAGAUAACCCAGAUCUUUGGUUUCUACAGGAUCGAAACAGUUCUGCUUUCAAGUUUUACCGAAUGAAAGUCUAUGAGUUAUGUCCGUCUAUUAACUUCAGCGCUGUGUCAGAAGUGUCUGAUGCUGGGGAAGGUGCUAAACCUGAAGAGAGAAAUCCGGAUAUUUCAGAAGAGGAGGAGGAUGAAGAAGAAGAGGAAGAAGAAAAUGAGGAGGAAGCUGAGUUUGAGGAGGAUAUCUCCCAGCCUUUGGAAGAAAUGGAAAUGGAGCAAGCAGAGGAGGGAGAAGAGGAUGACGUGUCAGCAGGUAGAAGUGUGGAAAACGUAGCUGAAGAGAUGAUUUCCAAAACAGGAGAGGAAAUUUCAACAGGUGAAAUGCAGCUAGCCACAUCAUCUGAUGGUGCUAUACCAAAUCUGUCGACACAGGCAUCAACUCCUGCUCCUGGUACCCUAUUUCCUCGCAAACGAAUCAGCAGCAAGUCUCUGAAAGUCGGCAUGAUUCCUGCAUCUAAAAGGAUUUGCCUCAUAGAAGAACCAAAAGUGCAUGAACCUGUCAGAAUUGCUUAUGAUAGGCCUCGUGGUUGCCCAGUUACAAAGAAGAAGAAGAAACCAAAAGACUUAGAAUUUUCACACAAGAAACUGACAAACAGGAAUGUGGGUUUCCAGAUGCUCCAGAAGAUGGGCUGGCAAGAAGGACACGGCCUUGGUACACGAGGAAAAGGAAUCAGAGAGCCUGUAAAAGUAUGUGGCCGGUUCCGUGGUUUGUUUCCUUCUUGGCGCUGGCCUCUGGCCACAGCAAAGUUGAGCGUGGAGAAUUCACGCCUUUUUCUGGCCAGGUUGGGCAGAGUCUGGUCUGGAAGGGGGCUGUUUCUUGCCAUCCAAUUUGACAUCACUGAGGGCUGCAGCGUGAAUGCCGCAGUGUGCAGACACUUUCUGAAGGUACAUGGGUGCCCCUGUUCUUCAGCAGGUGUUUUUUGGUGUUUGGUAUAUUUAGUUGUUUGGGGGUUUUAUUUUUUUAACACAUAGUAUUAUCCUGGGGAUCUCCUUGCUACCACACCAGCUACAUAAUAUAAAAGUAAACUUUAGGAAUGCCAUGCACAGUGCUUCUAGGUUUAGGCCACAAAUUUAUUUGCACUCUAAUUAUGUGAUUCAUUCCACUGCAUACUGAAAGAGGUAAGUGCAUCUGCCAGAAGGUAAGUGUGCUUUUUCCUUUCAAAUACACUUUUGGGUUUGAAUCUUCAUUUUUGUCUUUUAAAGUUGCUGUAUCCAGUAUCCACUGCUGCCAGCAUGGAGAAUGGAUAAUACCUCCUUCAAGUCCCUGACUGCAUAAGGAGGCAGAAAUUAUUCUCCUUCAACUCCCUGACUGAAUAAGGAGGCAGAAACUAUUUAUUUCUCCCUGAACCCAUAGGACAAGCUUUCUAGUCCGCACACAUAAUCUGUGGUUUAACAGUCGUCUUUCUCCAGGGAUUUCUAUUUUCAUGCCUUGGACAGUUCUGGUCACUGUAGCUGUGGGAUCCUUCUGGCUGCUUGCUUGCUUUUUUUCCUUAGUGCUCCCUGUGGUCUGGUGGCCGUCGCUAUUUGUCCUAUAUUUCCUUCCUCAGCAGCACACGGACAAUGAGAAAGCAGCUUACUUCGCCUGUAGCUCUCUUGUGUUCACCAGUGUUAGAACCUUGAUUCUGAGCCUCAAAACUUGUUGCGACCAAAUAUAUUAAUAAAUUUUUUUGUUCCUGUAGCUCCUGGCCCAAGCUCCGCUGCACAGCUAAUCACGAGCUAUUCGGUUGUAUCUGGUGUGACAGCUGGCCCACCGCAUUCUAAAAGUUUCUGGCCAUCACUAAGAACUGCAUUUUUAAUGUGCGAAAAUGCAGUUUUUCCAGCUCGAGUCCAUUGCUGUGUCACUUCUGUAAAGACACCUGCGAAGAGUAAUGAAGAACUGCUUUCUGUACCUCUUACAAAAACUUGUUGACUUGUAAUGUAGCGAGAACUCCAUAUUAUUAUUUCCGUGGUGUGCCCCCUCUCUGCUUUCCCACCAGAGCCAUUCUUUGGACAAUACUUCAGGACAACCUCAGUGAGGAUGAAACCAGUGCCAUUUAACGUUUUGCUUUCUCUUGUUCGUUGCUUUGAUACGAUACAGGGUGGUUUUUUUCCAUUUAGUAAUGUGUAGCCUCUACUCUUUCCUCCCCUUUUGAAAACUACCAGCUCUUCUAUUGUUGACUUGUUUAAAAGGCCACGUGCUGUCUAAUCUCAUUCUCUGAGCAAAAGGGGAUGGAUUAAUAAUUGGAGACACUCCAAUUGUAGAGCAUAUCUUCAUCAUUAUGUAACACUGAUAUCUAAAACUGAUGUAUUCAAGCACAUCAGUUGUUACACAACGAAACUCGAGGCCCUUUUUUUGUUAGGAAAGCUUAAAGCUUGUCUUUGGCUGUGAGAGCAAGUAAUAUUUGGGGGUCUGAGGAGAUUUUUAUUUAUGUUACUGUAGAAGAUGUAUGAAUUGCAUGGUGACUCCUUACAGAAAUGGUGGGUCCAGAAGUUUUAAAUGGAGUUUCAUGUUAGUUUUGUGAGCUGUUCCCUCUCUUAAGAACUUGUCACAGCUAUGGGUCUGACCAGUUCUGUGGUUCAAGAGACUUUUAAAACCAAACCAAAACGCAGUCAAAGGCAGAACAUUGUUAGGGGAUAGAAACUCCUGUGAAUCAUUAUCUCAUGUCUUCGACUACUUUCAGUAUAAAAAAACUAAUCUAGAAGAGGAACAGUGGUGUAAAUAGAAAAAAAAAAUAUAUCUGUUCUUCCUGUUUGGAAGUGUGAAGCGGCCGUUGUGACAUGGAAACAGCCAGUGAAGAGGCUCUGCUUCAGACAGGUCAUACUCUAAAAGGUGAAAAAAAAGCGCAAAGUUUUGGGAGGUCUUUUAGGUGACUUGACUUCUAACCGUAAUUUAAAACGUAACUUCACUUGAUCAUACAGCUGCCAAGUCGGACUCUGUACAAUUCAGAAGAAGAAAGAGCACUCAGGGGUUCUGCUGUAGCCUGUAAAUUGGAUUUGCUUUUUAGAGCCUGUGAAUAUUCUUUUGGAAUUGCACAACAGUCUUGGCUUAAGUGUACCUAUUAUUACAGAAACUGGCUAAGAAUCAUUUUUCUUUGUUUUACUUAAGGUCCUCCGAUUUCACCCUGAUAGCACAGAAAUCCCAAUUUCCACACAUGGGGCAAUCUAAAUUUUCUUACUUCACGUAAUGAACUCUUUAAUAGAGAAUGCCAACGAUACUGACUUGGAGGAUAAAACUGGCACAGAGGAUCACUCCUGUGGCAGAGGUUUCAUUAAUCUUAGCUUUGUAAUAUCUGCGUUCUAUGCACAUAGCCUGGAGAAAGAGGUGGUUUUUAAUUGUUUGUAUCUCUAUGUUCUUGUGGGUCAUCCUCUCCAUCUACUUCCAGGGCAGAAAGUUGUUUUGAUAUUGUUGAGGCCUGUCUCCUUCUGUUGGCAUGUCUGGGUGAAGAGAGAUGAGUUAAUGACUCAUUUUUCUUGGAAGGGCAGGAGCUCCAGGUUUUGUCUAUGGUAUGUGUCCUGCAAGACUUCAGCUUGCUUUGGGUGCUAGAAACUUUAAGCAAGCAGCAUUAUGAUCCCUUGGUAAAAAUUUCCUCUCUUUUCCAGAGGUAUGUAGUGUUUCCUACUCAUUCCUCGAAGCCUCUGACUUCUGUCAUUUUUGAAAUGUAAGAAAUGAGGCAAUUUUUGCUAUCUUUUCAACAGAGGAUCCUACCUACCAUGGAUAAAGUGUUUAAUACAAGAGUUCAUGUGAGAAUUUGAUCCGUUAGAUGACUAUAUCUUCACUGCUCCCUUAAUACCAUAGGAGCGUUUAUCUUCUGGUGGGUAUUUGCAUGUGUAAUGGGAGGUGGGAACUGUUUUAUAGUUGAUCUGGUAUGCCAGGUACCAAGCCUCCGCUCCCCUUCUCCCCAAAACAGAGCAGAAUUACUCUCCACUUGAAUUGUGUCUAUGUUGGAAGCUACUGUUUAGAUCUCUCUGCACGUUGUCCAAUGUAACGGAAACAGAGUGUUCUAACUAUUCAUUUUACUCCCUAGGGGUGCUACCUCUGCAGGGGAGGGCUUGGGUGUUGCAGGGGAAGAAAAUAAAGAAGAUGCAUUUGAUGUUUUCCGUCAAAGAAUGAUACAAAUGUACAGGCAGAAAA